AUGUACAUCCUACCUCUCCUCGGUUACAUUGGGCUAGUGGUGGGAUUCGGGUUCCUCACCCUGUCCAUCGCGUCCGGGCUGUAUUACCUCUCCGAACUCGUCGAAGAACACUCGGUGCUCAGCGCCAAGUUACUCAGACGACUCAUCUAUGUGGUCGUGGUGGCACAGGUGCUUCUCUGGUUGGUCGACGGGUUCCCCUGGUACCUGACUCUGCUGGGAGUUGCCAGCCACGGCGUGUACUCGACGAACCUGCGCCAUUUCCCCAUAGUCAAGCUCUCCGACCCCUUCUUCAUAGCGAGUUGCGGCCUGGUCAUCCUCAACCACUGGCUGUGGUUCCGGCACUUCAGUCGACCUACGGGCUACCGCGGCGUGCCGAGCAGCAGGCGGGAUUGGUAUUCAGCAGCGCCCGCGUACGAUCAACCCUCCUUCACCGAGAUCGCGUCCUAUUUCGGCCUGUGUGUGUGGCUGGUGCCGUUCUCGCUCUUCGUCAGUCUGAGCGCAGGCGAGAAUGUUCUCCCGAGUAUGGGGUCCGAGUAUGCAACGGGCGAAAGACAAGGGGUGGGGUUCCAAAAGGGACACAAGCGACGGAACACUGGAAUGGCAAAGGCUGCCGUCAACGGCGCAAGAGAGUGGAUGAAUGAAACGGGUGCAGUCAUGGGUCUGUGGCGAGCCGACAAUGUGCGGCCUACAAGGGGGUUCGAUUGA